UAAGGAGUUCUCCUACGGUCUGAGAGCAGCAUAUAAUAUGUGUACCUGUUUGCAAGGACUAGUCAUUUUGUUCACUGUCACAUCAGUUGCUCAGUGCUUUUUCUUUGAUAGUUUAUUUGGAACUUCGGCACCUCGACAGUCAACAACAACAAGAAAACCAAAUGCAGGACCUGUCGUGUUGGACCCUUACGCUCAUAAACUAUGUCCAAAACAUCUUCAACGAAACAGGUACCUAAUGUAUUACAGCUACGUCAAGAGAUGUUAUACCUUCGUCAUCAGUGAUCGGGCAGACUGGUUCACUGCAAAGGACGACUGUUCUAGUAAGGGCGGGAACCUGAUGAACAUUCACCAAUCACUGGAAAACUUCUACCUCGGUGUGCGGGACCAGAUUGCUCUAGGUCACACAGACAACUACAUCUGGAUUGGCCUGUCCGACACCAUGUCCCCUGGAAGUUUUUCCUGGACUAACGGUCCCUUAAAGACUACGUCCUAUAAACACUGGCAUCCCGGACAGCCGAUCCUUGACACCCCAGGGAAUAACUGUGCUGCUUACAGUCAUGACAAUCAAGACUGGUGGGUCUUCCCUUGUAACAACACUAAUCUUGGCUGGGUCUGUGAGUUUGAAUUGAAUGCUACGAUCCCAGAAACAACUUCAACAAGCACAUUAACAACACUUCAUCCUACAUCAACCUCUGAACCCAUAACACCUGAACCGACAACACCCAAACCCACAACUUCGAAACCAACAACUCCUGAGCCCACUACACCUGAACCAACUACACAAGAACCUACCACACCUGAACCUACCACACCUGAACCAACAACACCCAAACCUACCACACCUGAACCUACGACACCUGAACCCACAACACCCAAACCUACCACACCUGAGCCAACAACACCUGAACCCACCACACCUGAACCUACCACAUCUGAACCCACUACACCUGAACCUACCACACCUGAACCCACAACACCCAAACCUACAACUACUACAGAGGAAGAAUCUGGAAUCAUUAUAAUUGGAAAACGCGAUUACUUGUCUUCCUAAAGAACAGUUACUGAUGUCUUUUCUUGUUUUCUCAGUGCUUUAAAGUUGGUGAAUGAAGGUGUAA